CUUGCUACGUCCAUCAGGACAAUGCCUCCAAAGAAAAGACCGCGGCUUUCGUCCCGCGGCGCUUCAGCUACACCUCAAGCUGAUAACCCCGCAAACACCCCCGCAUCAACCGAGAGCGCGAAGCCUGGGACCGAAUAUGAUCUUGUCACAGAUCCAUGGACGGAUGAACAAGAGACCGCGCUUCUGAAGGGGAUUAUCAAGUGGAAACCCAUUGGCAUGCACAAACACUUCCGUAUGAUCGCCAUCUCGGAGUUCAUGAAAAGCCAAGGCUACGCGCCUUCGAAUGCAGAACACACACGGAUCCCUGGCAUCUGGAAAAAGCUAGGGACUCUCUAUAAUCUCCCGGCCCUUGAUGAACGGGAGGACUCCCUUAUGACCGACCCAUCCGAUGAUCCCGAGACAUCUAAAGAUAUAUACUGCCCGUUUGAGCUACCGGAAGAUGAAUACGGAGAGCUGAUGUUCGAAAGGAGAUUGGCCAUGGAAGGAUCAUCAGUUGCUAGUGGGCAGGCAGACUCACGGAGGGGGAGCACAGUGGCAGAUACAGAUGAACCUGUUUCUCCGGUCCCAUCGCGAGGACGAAAAUUGAGUCGCAGCACACGCGCGCGAGGCACCCGCUCCAUGCGACUCCAAGUUGAGAUCGAAGCUCCAAAAAUUGGAUUAAAUGAGGAUCAGAACCCCGAAGAGACCGACGUCAAUGGAGACAGCGAUGAGGAAGGCACAGAUGCCGGCAAGGAGGAUAGCGAUGCUGCCGAAGAGCCUAAAGAAGAGCCCGAGGAAUCUCCGGUUAGAAGGGGGCGGCCUAGAGGGUCCCGAACAAAACAUAAAAAGGGCAUUGGGCCGGGUAUUAGAAGGACCGGCAGACGGCGCUGA